AUGGCAACGGCGUCGCUUCUGGGGCGGCUGGGGCUGGAGGAGGUGGAGGAGAUGAUGCCGGGAGGAACCAAGUCGCUCUUGGCGGGCUCUGCUUCAAGUUCCCAUGCUCUCUCCGAGCUGGAGGCUGAGUCGCUCGACUACAUCGAAGAAUGCAUCCUUCCCACCCUGAUGCCAGCGUUGGUGGAGCUCGGGCUGCGGGUGGAGGAGAAGGGCUUUCCUCCUGUGCCAGGGACGCAUGGAGUGGAGGGAUCGUUCAACCCUGUUCGGUUCCUGGCGCAGCAGCUCGUUCGAAUGAAGUCACAAGAGCCUGAGCUGAGGAAGGUCAAGUACUGCGAGAGGCUGCAGGAGCUAGCAGCUUUAAGGGCUGCAGACAGAUCAGCGAAGCUGGAAGCGAUCAGAAAGGCCCAAGAGGCCGCAAAGUCAGAGAAAGAGCUGGCAGAGGAGCUUGCGAGCAGAGCUCAGGAGGAGGAAACGAUGAGAGAAAAGGCGAGGAUUGAGAAGAUCAUCUCCGACCAAAGGGAAGCGGAGAGGAGCAAGGCGCAGGAAGUGCUGGCGGACAUGCUCAAAGAGGAUGCGGGCCUUCAGAGCGAGGUGAUGGAGCUGUGGAAGAGAUGCGAUGGCAAGGUUCUAGAGGCUGACUUCUCGAGCGAGGAGAGGGUGAUGGCUCUAGAGGACUCGCUCAAGUUCCUCGUGUGCGAGUGGCUGUGCAUGAACUCUGUUGCGAGCUACGUGGCGGUCGCAGAGCUGAAAGGAAACCUGCGAGACGACCUCGUUCACACAGUCGCUGCCUGCUCCAAGGACGUGGAGAUUCCGGUGGAAGCUCCCCCAAAGGCUGAGGAAGAGGAAGUCGACGGAGAGGAGCCUCCUCCUCCUCCAAAGCCGAUCAGGAAGCGAGUGUGUGACAGGGUGAAGCUGACACCGUACGGGGGAGAGACAGCGUACGUCCUGCACAAGGGACAGGGGCUAACGUGGCGGAGGGUGCUGCAGCGAAGGAGCCCCCUGGUGAUCCUCGACACCAAGUUCACUGACGGGCUUCUCUUCUUCGAUGGGGAGAAGCGGCAAGGGACAUACCUUUCAGUCCCUCUGGCAAAGAGCCGGCAAGUGGUGCAGCCAUCUGAAACUUCCGAGGAGGAAGGAGAGGAGGAGGAGGAGGAGGAGGAGGAGGAGGAGGAGGAGGGCGUUCAGAAGAAGGCAGAGAAACCGGAGCUUCCCUUCCUCCAUGGAGCGAUCUGCGCAGACACGUUCGAGUCGUUUGGAGAGGAAGGAGAUAGGCUCGAGCUGGGUGAGAAGGACGUGAUGAAGUUUCGAGCUGCAAGUUACGUGCUAGGAGAGCAGCUGCUUGCUGCUGAGGCUCGCUUCAAGUACGCAGAGCGACAGAGAGCUCUCCUACAGCUCGAAGAGUCCAUCGAGGCGAGGAUAACUCUCCCCGUCUUCUGCCCUGCCCUGCCCUGCCCUGCCCUGUCCUGCCCUGUCCUGCCUCCAUUUGUCUUGUCUCGCCUUCAGCCUUCUCCCCAUGUCUACGUUCUCCUCAUGAACCCUGACGUGGACAUCGAGGCUGCAGCCUUGCAGGGCCUCCGUGCGAUCAGGAGGCUACACCCCUUGAAGGAAUGGCGGGUCGAGAUCGGCCUCCUCGAGACGAGCAAGCGGAUGUGCUGGAUGGACUUCAUGAAGGACGGGAAGGAGGAUUUGAAGAUGAUGGCGAGCAGGAGGAUGGUGCUCAGCGACAAGGAGGAGGAGAAGGGGAAUGAGAUGGAGGAGGACAAGGACAAGCUUCGACUGAGUCUGCAGGCGAUGAACAGGAGGGAGCUAGUGCUGGACAAGUCUGAGGUGCUGGGGAUGGCGAUCAGGGUAGCGGUUCCUGUCAGAGAUCGAGGGAUGCAGGAGGGAGGAGGGAUGAUUUUCAUGAGCAGGGAGGAGCGGAUGGGUCCGGACUCCACUGGGAUAGAGGAGGAGGAUAAAAUCUUCCUCUCGAGCCUCGCGCAGAUCCUUGCACGCUCCUUCCUCUGCCCGACCAAGACUGCUCAUCGUCUGCUCCUCAGGACGGCGACGCGAGCGGUAGGACGAGGAGAGGAGCUGCAGGGUCUGUGCGAGGCCUCGGUGGAGAUAGCUAGGAGGUUCUCGUGGGAGGCGAAGGGGGCGAAGGCGUUUGUUGCCUUCCUAGUGGAGGAAAAGCUUCGCUUCAUUGCAGGCGACCCUCCUCCUGGAAUCGAUGUCGCACCUCGCUCCACCUCCACCACCUCCUCCUCCAUCUGCUGUGGAGGACUCGAGAGCUUCCCCGAGCUCGAUAAUCUUCCUGCGGCCCUCCGAGCCCUCCGGACUGGCAUCGCGUCGAAGGAGGAGGCGGAGAUGAUCUUUCCUCUGCUGGAUGGCAGCAGGAGGGGCCUGGGCAUCCUCUGCCUGUUCGGAACCAGCAAGGCAGGAAAAGAGCACAACGAGGAGAUGAUGAGCGAGGUGGCAACGGUGCUCUCCUCUGCCCUAUUGCAGGUCAACUUUCGUAGGAAAUUUCUCAACGCAGUGGAGGCUGCCAUGACUGAUGUGCUGGAGGCAACCCAAGACGUCUCUGCCCUCACACUUUCGUUCCCCAACUUCUCAGGGCACCACUACCUGGCCAAGUUCAUGGCAAGGAGAGGAGGAGGAGGAGGAGGAGGAGGAGGAGGAGGAGGGGAGGACUUUUUGCAGCUCCGAGAGGGUCAGGCGAUCUCAAGCAGCAGCAGCACCAGUCUUCUCCGCGAGUAUCCGAUCAGCUUGAGCAGCGGCACAGUCGCCUUCCUGGGUGUAGACGCCAAAUCACAUGAGGAUUCCCUCACCCACGCUUAUCAGCCUUCUGUCAAAGAGGUGAUGCUCGAGGCCAGCAGUCAUUUCUCGUGGGUAGCUGAAGAGAUCUGGAAGGAAGGUCUCUUCCCCAACCGCUACCAGUCUCUCUCCAUAGAAGCAUCAGACGAGUCGGAGCCCCUCCCCGUGGGCUCUUUAUCCUACACCAUCGCCGAGCAGAUGUGGCUCAGGACUCAUUACCCCGUCGCUCGCUACCUGCAUGCCAACCAGCAAGUUCAGCUGCAUGUUCAGAGGCCGUUCCUCGACAACAUCCGCAAGCCGGACUCUCAACUCCCCAGCUCCGUCACCAAACUUGUGCAGGGCGUCAUGUACAUGCUAGGCCACAAGCAGAGUGAGGUCACCCAGUGGAGCAGCUGCCGCAAGUUGGUGUCGCGCCAUCUCAUCAAGGAGAUGAUGAUCAUGGACGUGCGGCUGCGCGUCAAGAAGCACAAGUUUCUUCUCGCCGCGGAGGCAGUAGAGACAUUAGAUCAUCCCCAUGUGGCCAUGGAGGCAGGGCCAGCAGCCACCUCCCUCUUUCAGUGGCUUCUUGUCAUGCGCGAGGUCAGAGAACAAGCGAUUCGAGGACGCAUCGACGCCCUCAAGCACGCGUACAGCCUUCACAACAAGGGUUCCCCGCCGAGCAAGUUGCUCGAGGAAGAGAAUCAGUGA